CAUCAUCACGACACACACGCGUCUUCAAUUUCUCCAAAAAUGUACUAUUUCUUACUAUUCGUUACCUCUGUAUAUGGAGCGAGUUUUUACGGGGAAAGUACACGGUAUCCAAGUACUUCUAAUUAUUAUAAUCAGGAUCAGAUUCCGUAUAAGAACAACUAUGGUAGCGACAUAGCUCCAUUCUCUGCUGUAACGAAGUAUCCCUUUAAUACCGGAUAUUCGACGAGCCGAUUUAACUCUCCCGGAACCGGAAAUGUAUUUUUACCGAGUUAUACGACACCUCGAUAUGGUAGUGACUAUGGAAAAAGCUACGGCCAGUAUGGUUACAUGGAAAAGAAUUAUGGACCUAUAACUUCGUAUGAAAGGCCAUUUUUAGGCCAAUUCAAUAAUGAUUACUGUCAAAACAGAUCGCCACAGAAUGGUAUAUGGAUUGAUAGUUUGACAGGAAUGUGGUACGGUGUGGAAUUCAUUCAUCAUCUAGCUGGAGAUGCCAGGGUUGACUAUGGAAGGACCUGCAUUGUUAUUCAUAUUUCUGAACCUAACGAUAUGCCGUCUACUGAAAGACAGGAGUUACACCACGUGCAGGCCAUCCGGGCUCAGUUUAGACACGAGUAUCGGCAUCUCCGGCUAUUGUGGGAUGAGGCUGGACAGACCCUUGAAUAUGCACUCUACUUCCGAAAUGACUCUGCCGGUUAUUGGCAGACAUUUGAUGUACAGAACGGUACCCUCGCUGCUCGACCAUCGUAUCAUCAGUUCACUGGCACAGUGCAAGUGUUAAAAGCUGUCAACGACCACCUGGUACUGAACUUCUGUCAGGAAGCCAACGCUAAUUCACCUGCGCAGCUAUAUUCCGUUCUUUUCUCGAGAGAGCCAGGUCAAAUGGCACGGUGGGAAGUAGACGCCGUACACUCCAUGCUCCAGACUAAGAAACUUUCUGUUUCGUCCAGAAGAAUGGUCUGUGGUAAUGGUACAGCUAGACAAAUGUAUAGCGUCAUGUUAUCAAUAUUGUCGUGUUUAUUUGCUUUUUUACUAUGUGAUUGAGAUACGAAAUAAGUCCAUUGUUAUAAAAGAUUACUACUAUACUAAAAAUCUUUUAUUUGAUAAUUAUAUAUUUUAUGCAAUUGUCUUUAUACAGGUGUUUUUUCACUUUAAUAUUGGAGCCAAAUUUACUCAAAGGACACCUUAUUAUAAGGCAUUAGUUAAAAAAAGUGUUUGUGCGGAAUGGUCGUGGUCUUAGAGGUGCAAGCAACAAUGUUAUAUUAUAUUUUUGGCUAUGUUAAUAGUAACGUGUUAUAUGAAAAGAAGUAUAUAAUCUUUGUGAAUAAGGCGUUGCAAAUAAGAAGUAUAUUAGUUCGAAUAACUACGACAUUUUCCGCAUAAAAUUUGACCAUAUUGCACUGUAUAAGAAUUUUUAGUGUCUGCCUUAAUAUUUUCCGUCCAACAUUACCAAAGAUUUUUACAAACAUUCUACUACAAUAAAUGUUAUAAUUUAAUUUAGUUUAAGUGUUUAUUUAAAAGGUCAUAUAUAUUGUGUGUAUAUUUUCAAAUCAUGAUAAGUCACCUCUUAUACCGAUUUUUAAUAAACAGCUUUUUAUAAAAUAUACGGUUGACUCUAUUUUGUGAAACUUAUAAUAACAAAGCUCGAAUGUAAACAAAUCAAUGUCGACUUAUAAGAUUUUUGUACUGAAGCCAAAAAACU